AUGAUCACCAGCAUGCGCCACAGAAACGCCAGGUUGGUCUACACCAAAUACCGGGAACUGUUCAGAACAGAGCGACCCUACCGCAUUCUGAGUACCUUUGGCGGGUCCAAAUGUCAUGGGCCUGACACCAAUCUGCGAUUCGGUCAAGAAGAAACGGAAAUCAUAACCAACAUUCGCGGCAGUGAGGCGUCCUUCACGCUCGACCAAUAUGGAUUUGAGUAUGUGAAUUCGCCCACCCAUUUUGAAGAUUGGGAAGACCGUCGCAUGGUCGAAGAGAGGUAUCUGCCAGAGAUAGAAAAACUUCUCCUGGAAACAAUUGAAGGAGCACAUGAGGUCUUCAUCUUCGAUUGGAGGACCAGUCUGCCUUGGGGGUUUUCAAGCGUGUCAGGCUCCUAA